UAUUUGUAUUAAUAUUUUCAUUUUAGUCUUUAAAGUUUUGUUUUUGUGUAAUGACAUCAUUUUUUUAAAUACUAAAUCAAACGUUAUGAUCCAUUUCUCAGUUGCCUUUUUACCAAAUACUUUUUAUUCAUAGAUGAAUAAUAUGGCUUAUAUGGCUGCUUUUUAUUUUUACUACAGUAAAAUAUGCUAAAGUAUGAACUCAGUCCUCUGAAGGCCAGCUUAUAAAACACUUUUGAUCUCAUUCCUGAUGUAAAUGAGAUGCAGGUUGUGUAAAAUCCUGUAAGGUAUUUCACAACUUGAACUGGAGUGUUAAAGAAAAGCUGCUCUCACUGUGAAACCAGUUCCUGAUGUUAGAGGAAAAACAGAAGUUUCUACUUUUAAAUCAACUACCAGAGUUUCUCUGAACAGCUUCCACACUUUAGUUUCUGAAAUGCAAACAAAUAUUUGGCUUAUUUUCUUUCAUGCAUUUCCUCACAUCUGGACCUGCUUUCAGUGUCAUUUCUCAAUAUAAACCUAAUUAAAAUGCAUAAACGUCCGUCUGAUUGUCAGGUUUUAUGCUUGUAAAAGUUUAGCCUCAUUUUGGGUUUUGUUUUGUUUUUUUGUCAACACUUGUGACACUGUGAGCUGAAACACAUGAGAAGUGCGGCAGGAAAUGUGAUGAACUCGUGUGUCAACAAAGACACAUGUCAUGAGCCGGGGACUUCCUCUCCGACCAAGUCCCCUCCGAUAAAUCUGUUUUUAAAAACCGCUGAAUCACACGUCACUAAAUCAGCUGCUCCUCACAUCAGGUGUUUCUCUUUAACUCAUAUUCAUAACUCAUUAAAGUGAGAUCAUUCUUCUCUAAGCAUGACUUUAUUUUAUAUUUCAGCUAAAACUCCCACCACUUCUUUUCAGAUUUAAUUUAAUCCAAUUUAUUGUAUUUUUCUUACAUUACACACUUUUAUCUGUCUACCUCCCAACAAAAUAAACCUUUAUUUGCCUGAUUUAUUGAAGAAGGUCUAAUAUAUUCAGUAUUGCCACAGAGGUAGACACGUCCCAGUCAGGAGUGUUGAGCAAAUCAAAUGAUGAGAAACAGGAAGGUGAGUUUGAUGGGAGGAGAGUCGACAGAUACAAACUUCGUCUCCUGUCCAGUUGUGACAUAUUUGGAGCCUUUCUGCAGCCAAGACACCAUGUUUACUGAUCCAAACAUGUCGUCAUUUGUUGACGACUUCAGCUCUAUCUACGAAGAGUUGAACUUCACCUACAACUACACGGAGUUCAUCCUGAACCCGGCGACCGAACCCUGCGACAACUUCCGGUUCCCGGAGGUCAUGAUGCUGAUCGCCUGCUUGUUUUACGUCUUCGUCUUCCUGUUGGCCAUUCCGGGGAAUCUGGUGGUGGGGUUGGUGAUCGGGCUGAGCAAGCAGGCGUUGACCCCCUCUGACCUCUACCUGCUCCACCUGGCGGUCGCGGACCUCCUGCUGGCCUUCACCCUGCCCUUCUGGGCCACCUCCGUCACCUCCGGCUGGGUGUUUGGGGAUCUCAUGUGUAAAAUCGUCACAGUCCUGCAGGAGCUCAGCUUCUACUCCAGCAUCCUGUUCCUGACCUGCAUCAGCAUGGACCGGUACAUGGUCAUAGUGCGGGCGAUGGAGGCCCGCCGCGCAAACCGCCAGGUGUGCAGUUGGGUUAUCUGCGUCGUGGUUUGGGUUGUCGGUGGGUUGCUGUCCCUACCGGGGUUCUUCAGCUCCGCGUUCCCUUCCCGAAACACAACCCACAUGGUUUGCGCAGUGCAGUACAACCCCAGCAGCGCCGACGAGUGGCGGCUGGGCACCAGAGUCCUCCGCCACCUCCUGGGGUUCGUCAUCCCGCUGGCCGUCAUGCUGCCCUGCUACGGGGUGACCAUCCAGCGGCUCCUCCACGUCCGCGGCGGCUUCCAGCGGCAGCGCGCCAUGAGGGUCAUCAUAUGCGUGGUGGUCGCCUUCCUGCUCUGCUGGACGCCGUACCACCUGGCGGUGAUGGCGGACACCUUCUUCCGGCUGAAGAUCGUGGAGUACGGGUGCCAGGAGAGGACGGCGGUGGACCAGGCCAUGUUUGCCACGCAGAGCCUGGGGCUGCUGCACAGCUGCGUCAACCCGGUGCUGUACGCGUUUGUUGGGGAGAAGUUCAGGAAGAAGCUGCUGCAGAAAAUGAGGAAGAUGGGACUGUUGGAGCGGGCGUCGAUCUCCAGAGCCAGCAGGUCCUCCAUAUCAUCGGAAAUCACAUCAACAGUCAUGUGAAAAUGUUACUUAGAGCUGCAGGAUGAAACUUUUACAAAAGUGUUUUUUACAUAUUUGUUGAAACCUUCACCAUGUUGACAGAUAAUCUGUGAAUAAGUCAAGCUCCUCCUCGACUCCUCCGGACUUUCUACAAAUGUAUUUACUUCUUGUUGCCUUUAAAACUUCUUUGCCUUUUGUAAAUAAGUUUCCUAUGUGUUGAUGUACAUUUCAUUGUAUUUAUGCUACCAGAAGAAAGGCUUCCUUAACUUAAGCUGGAAACAUUUGUGCAGAAGUGGGUAAAAGUACCAGAAAUUAAACUCAAAUAACAUCAGAACUACUUCAACAUUUCUUUACCCAAGUAAAAGUAAAAGUAACCGUCCAAGAAAUUACUCAAGCAAAAAUAAAAAUGUAUUUGGUAAAAUUAUGACUGAGUAACGGAUCAAAAAAUCUGAUUAGUAUUUUUAAAAAAUCAUAUUAUUACACAAAAAUAUGAAUUUAGGUGAAAAUCCUUUUAUUUUAAGGACAAAUGAAAACAUUGAUGUGAAUAAAUGAGAAAAUUAAAGACUAACAAAAAAGCUCUAAGUUUAUCAGUUACUCAAAUACGACUAACUGAUCUAAUUAUUUAAAAAUGACAUCAUCAGACACAUACAAAAUUUAAAUUUAAAACAACACCACUACAAAAUCAGAUUAUAGAAGCAUUUUUACAAAUCAAUUUCUUAAAAAAAAACAUGAAAUGUAUUUUUAAAAAUGCAGGCGUGUUGGGCAAAGUUUUGGUACACUGAUUUUUACUCAGCUAUGCAUUUGUGUUGCCUCUGUUUUUAUUUUAGCAGAAUUAUAUCUUAGUGAAAGGUGGGAAAACCAGAUCUGUCAACAUUUAGGGUAAGUUGUGAAAAUAUUUCAUAACUAGCUUACAGCAUCACAAUGUCUAGACAGACAAAAUGCUAAAAAAGAAACACCAACAGAUGCACAAGAAACUGUGAAAUAGAUGUUGGUCUUUUAUGAAUCUGUUUUUUGUGUAAAUAUAAAACUAUUUUUUAUCUGCUGUUAUUAUUAUUAAAUAGUUUCAAAUGAAGCUAGCUUGUUGUAUUGUACAUGUUAAAAAUCUAAUUUCUGUACGGCCAAGAAACUUCAUUAAAGUUGAAACAAGGACUCAGUUUCUUGUCAUGUGAUUAACAAAGCAGCUCUGAGUCACAUCAUCGAUCAGCUGUUAUUUUUAUUGGCUAGUGAGGAAACCAAAAA